UAGACGAAGAAGCUUUGCACAGCCAUAAGUAGUUGAAGCAAAAUAGACUUCCGAACUUCAUCAAUUAGAAUAAAGAGGCUUUCAGUGAUUUUCCAGUAUUAUGAGUCAUAUACUCAUCAAAAAGCAUACAGCAGCCUCAAUAGAAGAUAAUUCAAAAAUAACUGUAUUCGUCUUUGACUGAAAAUAUAUCGGGCCGAAAUUUACUUUGAGUAUGACAUCAGCAAGCUUCAGCCAAAUCCUGGAGAACUUCCAUCUACCGCCACCAACGUGAAAUUCUACUUCAGCCGCCAAACCGAUUUCUUUAUUUUCCCUUUUCCCCACAUUUUCAACAACAAUCUGAAUAUGCUUCGAUACUCCAUUCAACGAUUAGCUACAAAACAAGUUCGUCAGAUUCCGUUCAAAUCAUUAUCUGCAGCUUAUUCUACAACGGAACUUCAACCUUCUUCUAAAUCUGUUGCUCCUGAUGUCCAGCAAGCAAAGAAUAGAGCCACAACGUGGUCUGAGACGCAACGUUCUAAGGCACAAGCUAUGACUGGACCUCGUUUUGAACAAAUGGAUAUUAAUACACAGCCUAAUCCUUCGGCUGCUAUCGAACUUAUUGCUGAAGAACCUGUCAGAUUUGUAAAAGAGCGCAGAGUAGCCUGUGAUGGAGGUGGAGGUCCUUUGGGACAUCCUAAAGUUUACAUCAACUUGGAUCAACCAGAACCACAAGCCUGCGGUUAUUGUGGAGUUCGAUUUCAACGAGAACCUGGGCAUCAUCAUUAGAUGUGUUCAUUAGAUAGUAGACUAUGUUUCGUGUAAAAGAUCAUACGGGGAAGAUAUUCAAUACAGGACAAUUAAUACCAGCUCCAAAGAAAAAAAACUACAUUAACUGAACAUCCUUAAAAAUUAAUAUAAGCAUGUGUAUAUUUACGUUUAAAAUGCUGUGUAGGGUAGAGUAGGAAGUAAGCAUAUGGGGGGUGCACUUCGUACGGCUAUACGGUCUUUCUCAAGCAUCCGUCGCUAAGCACAAUUGACAAUAAGUCAUGUGGUUAAUGUGGCUGCAAAAUGGCAGCACAGCUCAUUUGGAGCAGAUACAUUACAUAGUUGAAAAAGGGUUAAUUUUUUCUAAUGGUCUUCCACU